UUUAAUAUGUGAAGCUUUAGAUAAGCAGAACUGUGUAUUUUGCGUUUUUCCCGCAGCUGCGCAUACAAAGCGGAUCUGAAUCUUCGACCAAUCCCCCCUGCACCCCUCCCACUCGAAUGCUCUUGCACUCGCAACUUGCCGGUAGUAUAUAUAUUGUUUUCAUCCUUGCUUGUAUUAUACGCAAUAACACAUUCGCAUAAACAAUGCCGCGAAGAGAAACAUGGACGAUAAUGUGUCUUGUAGGGAUUAUCAUGAAGGGUUGCUGGGCGGCACAGCUGACUACGGAAAGGCCCGAUGAUGAGGAUAGGGAGGGAUCACACCUCUGGCCCGACGCAGUCAUACCGUACAACAUCUCCGACGGUGCAUAUGACGCCCGGCAGCUGGGCCUGAUACUGGCCGCCAUGAAGCGUUGGGAGUAUAAGACCUGUGUAAGAUUCGAACCCUGGUCCUACAGGCGCUUCGGAAACACUGCAGUGAAUCUCAACAGUGCCGGCAGGUGUUUUUCUCGUGUUGGUAAAGACGCUAGGCAGCCGCAAAGUUUGGGCAUUGGGAACGGCUGCUUUGCGAUGUCUGUUGUCGUGCACGAGCUUGGCCACACGAUCGGGCGCCUGCACGAGAUGGAGAGAGAUGACAGAGACCUCUACAUCCGGGUACUGUUUGAGAACAUCAACCCCGCCUCGAUCCGCAACUUUCUUACCGCCCGAAUGAAGAACGGCUCCUACGAGACCUACGGCACGCCUUACGACUACAAGAGUAUCAUGCACUACGGGGAUCAUAUAUAUUCCGCUAAUGGGAAGCACACCAUGCUUACGCGUGACCCAGCGUACCAGCACGUGAUUGGACAGGGGGAUGACGUCAGCUUCUUUGAUGCGAUGUACGUCAACAAAGCAUAUUCCUGUUCUGAGCGUUGCCCGGCCUCGCUUCGAUCUGUAUGCAGGAACGGCGGCUUCCUGGGGGGCUCUGACUGCAGGUGUCUGUGUCCGGACGGCUACUCCGGACAGUUUUGCGAGAUACUGCUGCCCGGCAUCACACAAGUAAUUGACUGGAGGUGCCCGGGGGAAUGGGUGUACUACCAGGGCCGCUGCUUCCUUUUUUACACCCAAUCCGUGAUGUCGUUCGCACGGGCCGACGCUACGUGCACGAUCAACGGGGCGGCAUUGGUCACAGUCAAAGAUCGAGCGGACAUGUCUUGGCUGAGAUUCCGUUUGGAGGAGACGCGCCUGGUGACGGGAGCAGGUCGCUUCUGGGUUGGCGCAAAGCGAGAGGCAGGCGCCGCGGCGAUCCGAUGGACUGACGGCUCGCUGGUGGACACAAACCUAGUGUCCGUUCGAGAUAUGUGCCGGCCGGACGUGUGUGGGUGUGGCCAGUUUGACGGGGAGACUCUCACACUGACGAACUGCAGCUCGGCGCUCCCUGUCGUUUGCGAGAAGAUGUACGACCGACCGUGCGGGGGGCGGUACAUGGCUUCACGAGUGGGUGAGUACAUCGAGAGCCCGGGGUUCCCAAACUUCUACCCUUCAGACGCGUCGUGUACGUACACCAUACAGGCCCCGGAGGGUUCUGCUAUACGUCUGCAGUUCGACUCGCAGUCUCUGCUGGAGAUUAACUGUGACAAGGACUUUGUGGAGAUAUUCUUGUCCAACGCCACCACGGACCCGGUCAGAUACUGUGGGUCAACGCUUGCAGGUAUCAGUCUCGUGUCAACGGACAACUUGGUUAUUAUACGUUUUAAGUCUGACGGGCGGCUGACGUACCGAGGCUUCCGGGCGCUGUUUACAGAGGUACCGGGGGAUACCGCUUACGGAUCGCCAUACUUUCUGGAGGCACUGCAGCGCUCGCUUCGCCCCAUGAACGGCCGGGAGCAGGCAGGGGAGUCCAUGUGGAAUCUUUCUGCCGUGUACAAAACCAUCAAGGAUCUCGUGUUCUCGAAAGUGCUUUAGAAAAUGCCUGUCUAUAUGUCAUUAUACCACCUAGUCGCUGAUAAUGGAACUUUGUCAACAGUAUGUUUUUGUUAAAACUGAUUAGUUAUUAUUUGCAUCAACAAUGUUGGUAUUCAAGAUAUUCAAUGAAUAAUUGUUUGGGAUUGUUGUGUGCACUCAAUCAUUGUCACGUGAUGUUCGCUGAUCUCUCUAUUGACAAAAAACAGAAUUAUCGAAGGUAAUCUAUCCAAUAAAGAACUUAAAAUUAUACCCCUUUUAAUUGGCAAAUUGUGUGUAUAGUUUGUAUUUUAACUGAAUAUAUUUUUUUGUAUUUUAGAUCCAGUAAGAAUCGAAAUAAUUGCUGUAUCAUCGUUCAUUUUUUCAGUUGCAGUUAAAUCCGAACUUAAAUUAUUGGUAAGGUUACGGUAUGAUUUAACCAAUAUUUUAGUUUAAAAAUGAUAAAUACAAUUUGAUCAGACGGUUCAAACAAAUGGUGAAUCAAAAGCAUGUGUUUCCUAUGUAAAAAUUCUUUAUACCGAUUUCAUGAUACAUCUCAAAUGCAUUUAUGCAUGGUCAGGUUAUUACAUGUUUAACUACUUGGUGUAAUUUCACUUAGAAAUAAUACAAAAUACCGAUGUC